AUGAAGAUACCGAGAGCUAGAUCUCAGAUGGCAACCGUCGUGCAUGAUUCCCGGUUCAACCCAGUCGAGACACUUGAAUUGUUUUCAAAGAUGCCUUUUGUGACAAUUCCUGAACAUGAGAAAUCAGGACCGAGCAACGAGGAGGCCAACAAUGAAAAACUUGACGACAAAAAACGCAAGCAAAGGAAGAAACGAAUAUUGACUGGUGUAAGUCGACAACGUCGUGCAGCUAACGACAGAGAACGUCGCAGAAACGUGAGACUGAACCAGGCUUUUGUCACUCUGAAAAAGACUUUGCCUUUAGCGAACAUUGAUAUAUCUAAGAUUGAGAUACUGCGUUUGGCCGUGAAAUGGAUUGAUCAUCUAGCAACACUGUUGAAAGACAACGAACAGCAAAAAGACUUAUUAGCAUUGAGGCAAACGCCGGCGGACGAAAACGAAGCUUAUAAACCAGUAAGACAUGAUUGUCUUUACCAUCAAGAUCCCGACUUGAAGAAUACACUUUGGGAAGAUUGCAUUGGUUUGCCAAGUAAGUUAAAUUUGAAAUUCAUUCCUUUUUAA